UUAUGCGUGCUUGAAGAGUUUCAUGCUGAGCCAGUGCAGAUAAACAGCCACAACUAUCACAGGGAUUGUCAACGGCACAAGCAAGCAGUAGCACCUGUCAUUUUGAAUGGCAGCCAAAAUUGGGUUUUGAUAUGGUGGAAGGAACUUGGAUAUGAUAGCAGCGUAGAAGAAGACCAGAAAUGAUACGAUGCCAAAUGCAACAAAAAUUGAUCCAGUUAUCAGAUUCUGUUUCGAGCCC